UGCUCCACGGUUUUUUUUUAGUUGCAAAAAAAUAUGUGGAACAAUGGACUGCGAUCAUUACCAUCAUUACUGAACGAAAGUUAACCUGUCAAAUCAAGUAAUCAUUUUUGAGUGAUGUUUCGUAACAAACGUGUUUAUAUUUUUUCUAAGUACGAAAAUAAGUUGGAUGGAGCCUAAAUUCAGUGAUAAUAAUAUUGUUUUUAUGUUUCUAUUUUGUAUUGUUUAAAUAAUUUUGUAUUACUUAUCGUUUGAGUUGGUUAAUUAAUACAUAAUGGCGUCUGAAGAACAGCAAGAGGAUAUCUCCGCUGUUAUCGAGUCUCUAAAGAGUAUCUUCAAAGAUGUAAUGAACGAAGAUGCUAUUAUAGCUGUUGUGGAAAGUUGUGGUGGAGAUCUUAAUCAGUCCAUGGACGCUAUAAUGGACAUUACCAAUGAUGGCAACAUAAUUCAAGUAGGUAUUGAAAAUGAAAACAAUACUUCUGAAUCUAAUGAAGCCCAAUCAAACUUGGAAAAAAACAAACCAAUUAACGUAGCUCCAACAUACUCAAUGGCUUUAAACAAUCCUAAUUUAAGUAACAUCAAUCAACCAAAAUCUUCAGUUUCAAUUCAAAAUGUUACACAACAACAGUCUGCUUCAAACGCGCUCUCGUCACAAAGACAUGGAGCAUUGCCCAAAGUGAAGACCAAAUUAAGUCCUUUAAAAACUGAUUGGACUGACCAACUACGAAGAAUUAUAGAAAAUCAUACUAAAGGUAGUAGAAUACUUAUUUUGAUGAGGGGUGCCCCAGGGUCAGGGAAGACGUAUUUGGCAAAAACAAUUGUAGAAAUGUUGAUUGGUGUCACUUAUGAAGAUUUAUGCAGACACAUCUUUAGUACAGAUGAUUUUUUCAUGAUUCGAGGAAAGUAUGUUUUCAACAAAAAUCUAUUGACUGAUGCUCACGCUUGGAACCAAGGCCGAGCUGAGGCAGCUAUGACCCAAGGUUUGAGUCCGAUUAUUAUUGAUAAUACCAAUAUAGAAAUCUGGGAAAUGGAGCCCUAUGCAAGAAAUGCUGUUCUAAACGGGUAUAUCAUAGAAGUGGUAGAGCCCACUACAGACUGGGCUAAAAAACCUAAUCGCCUUGUUAAAAUAAAUACGCAUCAAGUGCCAUACAACACAAUAAAAAGAAUGAUCGAUCAUUACGUCAAUGAUAUAACUGGCGAGAGUUUAUUAAGCUUCUUCAAAUUAUCCUAUCACCCAGAUAAAUGUCCACCAGUUUAUAGAUUAAUUCCUCCGUUUGAGCCUUUAGAUUCUCCUACAUCAUCAUCAUCAAAAGGAACUAACUUCUAUUCAGUUCCUGAUGUAGUUAAAAAUAAUAUAGAACACACUUAUACCCCUAGUUCCAGUUAUUCCCCAAAUGAUCAACAAGAUGGUGAAUGCACUUCAAUAAUACCACAUAAUGCGCCUAUUGUUAAUAGUGACCCUGUACCUUCAUAUACGUCGUCGCGUGCGCUUAGCGAAAUUGAGAAACCUGAUGUAGACCUACAGCGUAAAUCGCCUAUUGAAAAUACGUCCGACAGUCAAGAAAAAUUACUGUCAGAACUUAACUUAAAUGAGAAACCUAGUGACGGUACACCUAAAAAAUCUUCAAAUGCUUGUGCUGUUGAUAAUCCAACUGAAGCUUCAGAAAUAUUUUCGCUGAACCAAGAUGAGAAAGCUGAAGACGAAUUAGAAUCAUCCUCAAACAUAGUUAAUGAGAACCAGGAUAUGAAUGUAAUUUCAGAUGUACACAAUGAAUAUUUGCAAAUGCAAGAGCAAUAUGAACAGUUUUCUAUAGAGUGGGAUAAUGGAGAAAAAUGGGAAGAUGAACUUCAAACCAGUGUUGUGAGACCCGAAAAUGACGACACAAAUGAUAAUACCCCGAAACCUCCAAGAUCAGAAUCUAAUCCUGAUAAUGAUAUCGUUAAUGCAAGUACAGUAGAUGCUUGGCAGCAAGUUUCAUUGUUCUUGCCUCCCUGGAAUGAUGAAACUACACCUGCUGAACCCCCCAUUGACAUACCAGUUGAAACCGUUACCAGUGGAACAUCAAUUGAAUUUGGAGAUAUGGAUAAUCGUCUAAAUAAUUACAAAGUUCUUGAAACUAAUAUUCGAGAUAUUAAUUUAUUUCAUAUUCCUACGCAUAUGAAAAUACCUGAUACUCGAAAUCUUGAUAAAAGCACAUCUACUACCGAGCCCUUGAUAAUGGUAACAUCAACACGAUGCUCAAACGAAGAAAAACAUUUUAAAGCCCUCAGAAAAAUGUUUAAAAAUAUAAAUAAAACAGCUCUAAGGAAUAUAUUUGAUAGAUGCAAAGGUGAAGUGAAUUGGGCAGUUGAGAUUUUACUGGAGGCAUUGGAAACUAACCAAAUCAAACCAGAAGAAGAGGAAGAAGAGAUUUCGGAUGAUGAAGAAAUCAACCAAACUUGUUCAUGUAUGUCUGCCUAUCAGAUUAUACCUGACACGUCUUCACAGCCACAACCACAAGUUGUUAGUCAACAAGAGGAAAGACCUGUAGAAACAAGGGAAACUACCAACGCCCCACCAAAAAAGUCCAGUAAACGGGAAACUGUCGUUUCCGUAGCUUCGGUAGAAUUAAAGCGUCAAAUUGAGCAAAAUGUGGUCAUAGAUGCAGCCCAUUACUCGGAACAUUGCUUAAAAAUAAUGAGGCAACGCCGUGGCAUUACCGAAAAUGUCCCUGACGAGAAUAGACCUUCAACAUCACAAAAUUCUCAAUCAGAUGGUCAAGAUGCCGAGACAGCCCUUAGUUCUGAUUAUGAAGAAGAGUCGAAUGCUAGCAUAUAUGGAGAACAGGAGACAGUAAACGUUACUUUAGGCAAAGAGUUUGUAACAGAACUAGACAAUUUAUUUGGCAGGACUGAUAUGACAUACCCUGAUAGUGUUGUACCUAGGAUAAACAUUCCUGUAUCGUUACUAAAUGAGCUCAAUGCCUUAUGGAUUGAAUCCUUAACGUAUCAAUUAGAUCAGCUUGAAAGACAUAGGGAGAAGAUUAUUAAGGAAGACGAGGACUUCGCUCGUAAUUUAGCUAUGAAAGAAGCUGAGUUGGCUUCAGGCGGGAAACAACCCGAAGUUUUGAAUUUUAAGGAAAUUAUGGACAUGGAGCUAGCUCUUUCGUUGUAUCAAAAAGACGUUGCGCUGUGGCGUCACAAGGAACCUAUGGAUAUGGCAGCAAAACUUUCAAGGGAGAAACUGUAUAAUUUGUUCCCAGAUGUUGAUAAUGAUACAUUAGCAGAGUUGCUAAUGGCACAUGACAAUAAUUUCCAUUCUACAGUCGAGGUGCUGCUGAUUUCCACGGGACAAGGAAGUGUCUUGGAGGAAGAACAUGGCGUGGAUAAAUUCAUUUCGCAGAAUGAGGUGCAGAUGAAGCAGAAAAUAUUAGAAGAAGAGCGUAAAGCCUUGGCUGAAGUGGAGUGGCCUCUGCUACCUAAAACAGAGACGCCUGACAUGAGCGCAGUGGAAACCUACAGAGACCAGGCCGACCGCCACUUGCAGUUACGUAACAAGAAUCACCAGAAAGCAAAUCAGUAUCUAUCCCGUGGUAUGCUUGACGUCGCAGGCUACUACAGAUCGUUAGCCGAAUUUCACAAGGAGAAGUUUGAGUACAAUAACAGUCUAGCAGCGUGUUCGCUUAUGCAGAUACACGCUGCCAAUUGCCCCAGCACAGCCACAAUCGAUCUCCACUACUUCCGAGUGGGUGAGGCCAAGGAAUCCCUGGAUCUGUUCAUAGACACGCACAUCCAGACUUUGAGAGCUCAACCCGAGGGUUCCCACAGAAUGCGGUACCACACUCUGUACUGCGUGACGGGACGGGGCGCUCAUAGCCCGGGUGGACCGCGGAUCAAGCCUGCGAUCAAGCGGCGGCUCUCUGAACGGGGACUCAGUUUCAACGAGGUCAACCCCGGACUCCUAUCAACCCGAGUCCGUUCGGAUUCCUUGCUGACGCACCAGCUUCCUUCUUAGUAUUCGGUUCU